GAGAAGAGGUCGGGUAAUUCGGACCUGAAGAGGUCGGUCGACUUGUCGCCAAACAUUCCGGUUCGGACAGCUCGACCCAGGGUAUGAACACUUAGUCAUGUCAAUCAAUAAGUCAUGGAUUGGAAAACCAUGAACCACAUAUGAGUAUAAAGAUGGUUUAAACAAGUUUUGGGAUUUUGCUUUUGAGCAUCGAUCUCUCGCAGGUCGUCAGAUUAGUUGCCCUUGUUCGGUGUGUGGUUUUGGAAAGUGGCAAACAAGAGAGAAAGUUUUUGAACAUUUAAUAGUUAAGAUAUUUCCAAAAACUACAAAGUUUGGUAGUGGCAUAGUGAAGAAGAAGUUGGAGUUGGGUUACAAGUUCAUCAAACUAGUCAUAUUGUACAAGAUGAUUCGACAUCUCAGCAUCCAAUGGUAACAAUGCUCAAUGUCACGUUUGGAGUCACUGGACCUGACUUGAAUGAAGAUGGAGAUAGAGAUGGAGGCAAUACAGAAGAUGGAGAUGGAGACAAUACAAAAGAUGGGGAUGGAACUCAAAAUGAAGAGCAUAAUGGAGAAAAUGUAGAAUUUUACAAGUUGUUGGAAGAUAGUAAUGAACAAUUGUAUUUAGGGUGCACAUGUUAUGCGUUUAUUGUUCUUGUCUUUGUCUUACUUUGCUCCACUUGAGUUUGAGCUUUUACUUUCAAAAAAAAAGGGUGCACAAAGUAUUUAAAAUUGUCUUUCUUGAUUAGUCUGUAUCACAUAAAGUGCUUAUAUAGAAUAAACAACAAAGUCAUUAUUGAAAUCCUCAAGUUAAUAAAAGAUGCUUUUGGAAAUGCGAAGAUUUCAAAUACAUUCUAUGAGGCCAAGAAAAUCAUAAACAAACUAGGGCUUCAUUAUACCAAGAUACCAGCUUGCCCUAAUGAUUUCAUGUUAUAUUAGGGGGAGGAUGAAGAUUUGCAAGAAUGCAAAAGAUGCAAGACAUCUAAAUGGAGCGAUGGUAUAAAAAAGAAACCGGCAAAGAUCUUGCGAUACUUUCCACUAAAACCGAGACUUCAACGAUUAUUUAUGUGUUCUAAGACUGCUCAAUCAAUGCGAUAGCAUGCUUCAGCAGAAAAGAAAGAUUCGAAGAUGAGGCAUCCGCGCGAUUCUGAAGCUUGGAAGACAUUCGAUUUACUUCAUGAUAGGUUUGUCGAAGAUCCUCGAAAUGUACAUCUUGGUCUUGCAGCUGAUGGAUUCAACCCCUUUGGAGCUAUGUGUACAAACUAUAGCGUUUGGCCAGUGGUGCUUAUUCCAUACAAUUGACCUCCAUGGGAGUGCAUGAAGCCAACAUCACUUAUCUUGUCAAUGAUUAUUCCCAGAGAGAAAAUGCCGGGGAACAACAUAGACGUAUACUUACAACCGCUUAUCAAAGAGUUAAAAGAGUUGUGGCAUGAUGGUGUUCAAACAUUAGAUAGGUUCAAGAAUGAAAUGUUUACAUUGCGAGCAAUAUUAAUGUGGACAAUUAGUGAUUUUCCAGGCCUUGGUAACUUAUUUGGGUGGAACGUACAUAGUAAAUAUGCUUGUCCCACAUGUAACUUCAAUGCUGAUUCAUAUAGAUUAAAGCAUGGUGGAAAUGGUGUUUUUUGGGGCAUCGCCAUUUCUUAGAAAGGAGUCAUAAGUUUAGGCUAAGUCGUGCAAAAUUUAAUGGAAAAGUUGAGUUGAGGGAUCCCCCAGCAGUACUAACAGGGUCAGAAAUAUUGGAAUAAUUUGAAGGCAUCAAUAUUUCAUUUGCCAAGAAACUACAGGCAAGUAAAGGUAAAAGGACUCGACGAAAAGUUGUUGAAGAAGAUGAUGAAUCGGGGAUGUGGAGGAAGAAAAGCAUAUUUUUUUAUCUUCCUUAUUGGGAGUCUAACUUAUUGCGCCACAAUCUAGAUGUUAUGCACAUUGAAAAGAAUAUUUGCGACAAUGUGUUAUACACUUUGGUCAAUGAGACUGGAAGGUCAAAGGAUAAUUUCAAAGCUCGUAAGGAUCUUAAAGAAAUGGGUAUAAGGAAAGAUUUAUGGCCAGAUGAAAAUGGGAGAUAUCAUCCAUCUUUGUUCACAAUGUCAAAUUCCAUGAAAGAUAUAUUCUUACGUACUAUAAAGAAUAUUAGAGUACCAGAUGGUCUCUCGAGUAAUAUUUCUCGGUGUGUUGACUUGAAGCAAAGAAAGCUCUCUGGAUUGAAGAGCCAUGAUUGCCACGUCCUUAUGCAGCAACUAUUACCCAUUGCCAUACAUAAUGUGCUACCAGAUAAAGUUACUGCAGUGCUAAUAGAGUUGUCUUCAUUCUUUCAACAUUUGUGCUCUAAAAGCUUAAGUCUUACAGAACUUGAGAAGCUCCAACCUCGAAUAAUCCUUACCCUUUGUCAUUUAGAAAUGUUGUUCCAUCCUUCUUUCUUUACGAUUAUGGUUCAUUUAACCUGUCAUCUAGUUGAUGAAGCAAAACUUGGAGGACCAAUACACUAUAGAUGGAUGUAUCCUAUUGAGAGGUAUUUAGGACAUUUGAAGUCCUAUUUACGAAAUAAAGCUAAAUCAGAAGGUUCUAUAGCUGAGGGAUAUGUAGCUGAAGAAGCUAUUACAUUUUGCUCUCGAUACUUAGAAGGGAUUGAGACAAGAUUUAAUAGGCCACCACAUGUUGAUGAUCGUCUGGAUGAUAAUUACAAUACACAUGUGGAUUCCCUUUUUCCACAAAUGGGUAACUCUAAUGGAGCUUUCACAGUAUUUGAGUUGUCACGUAUGGAAAAAAAACAAGCACAUCGUUAUGUGGUUCUAAAUUGUCCAUAUGUCAAACCGUUCAUUGAUGAUUUCAAAGAUUUUUUACGAAGACGAUCUAAGGGUAGAAGACCUUCAAAUGUAGAGAUAGAAAAAAGAGUUGAUAAAGAUUUUGUUACUUGGUUUCCUGCGCAGCUUAUGAACCCAGACAUUAUGAAUACUGUGCAUGAGGAUUUGAGAUACUUACCAAGGGGUCCAUCAUGAUAUGCCAAGAGGUUUUCUACAUUUAGUAUUAAUGGGUUCUCCUUUCGAACUACCAAUCGAGACAAUGGGUUAAAGACCCAAAAUAGUGGAGUUUUCUUAAUGUCUUCAACUCCUUGUGUUGCUAGCGCUAGUGAUGCUAAUAUUAGGAAUGCUGAUUAGUCAUAUUAUGACAAAUUAGAAGAUAUUAUAAAACUAAACUACAAUGGCCGAUUUUGGGUUACUUUAUUCAAAUGUAAAUGGGCUGACACAACUAGAGAAUGGGGCUGUAGAAAGAAUAGUUGGGGUUUUACUUCUAUUAAUUUGUCACGAGUAAUACACAGUGGUGACCGAAAGGAGGAUGAUCCAUAUAUUGAAGCCUCACAAGCUCGAAUGGUGUAUUUUGUCAAUGAUGAAGUGAAUAAAGAUUGGAGUAUUGUCGUGCAUCUGAAGCCAAGAGACUCUUAUGAUAUGGGGGGAAAUGAAGAUGAUGAAGCAUGCGAGAAUGAGCCAUGGUUAGAGCCAAACUUAGAAUCUUUAUUUGAAAAUGGUGAUAAUCUAUCAUUGUUAAGAGAUGAGGUAGAUGAUGAACUACUAGAUGAUGACAUUGGAGAAGAUGAACACAUGUCAGAAUAGUUGGUAGGUUAAAUUAAUUUAUGAUAUGCCAAAGCAAAAGAGGUACAAGAAUCUACUUAAAGUAGCAUAUGCUACAAAUUCUUCACAAGACAAGUCAGUAGUAGUUGCAAAUUCAUCCCGAGACAAGCCGACAGCCUCAAAUGCAUCACAAGUCAAGUCAGCAACAGCUGCAAAUUUCCUCCUGAGACACAUCGGCAGCUGCAAAUUUCUCCCGAGACAAGUCAGCAGCAGCUGCAAAUUCCUCCCGAGAUAAGUUGGCAGUAGCUUUAUAUUCAUCUCAAGAUAAGUCGGCAGCUUCAAAUUCCUCCCGAGACAAGUCGGCAGCUACAAAUUUCUCCCGAGACAAGUCGGCAGCAGCUGCAAGUUCAUCCCGACAUAAGUCGGCAGCUUUAAAUUCUUCUAAGCCAUCAUUCAGUUGCUCCAACUAUAUCUGAGCAUCCAUCUGAACCUAAACGUAAACGUGGACGUAAAUCUAAGCAUUAUUGGACUGUUGAUGCCAUUGAUGAAUACAAAGAUACUACACGCCUUCAUUUAUUAGCGAAGGAUAUGCAUAAUUUUUCAGAAGGUUUGCGCAUAGUUGUCAAUUUUGACAAACAGCAUGUAGCAAUAGGAGAAGCCGCCGGACUCCUUGCAGGAGUUUGUGGACAAUUGGCCACUGAUUGUGUAGCAUUUCCAAUCAGUUUUGAAAAGUGGUUAGACAUUCCAGAGAGCUUUUUUGAAAAUCAAUGGAAAAUUUUUCCUAGCUCGAUUUUGCUUCAAAGUGAGUGAUAGCUUGGCCAAACGAUUUUUGCUCCAAUCGCUUGGCAAAAAAUAGAGGGAACAUAGGAUAAAGCUUUGGAAUGAGUUUUAUGAUCCGAGGUUGAGUAAAACCGAGAUCAUAAAUAAUGCACCAGAAGAUACUGCUCCUCAUCAAUGGGCUUUAUUUGCAGAAUAUCGUUUGAAGCCUAAAACUCAGAAUCUUUGUAAGAGGAAUCAAGAAAUUUGGCAAAAACAAAUAAUUCCUCAUACUUUAGGUGCUAAAUCAAUUGCAAGAAGAAGGGCUGAAUUGACGGAAGACACAGGAAAAGAAGUUAGUAGGGUUUAAAUGUGGGACAUCACUCACAAGAAAAUAGAUGGAAGUUAUGUUAAUGAAAAGGCUAAAGAAAUAGCGGAGAAGAUUGAAGCACAUAGCAGCUAACAAGUGGUGGAAUCAACCGUUAAUUCUCCUCUUGAUGCUCUUGGAGCAAUUUUUGGGAAAGAACAUCCUGGUCGUGUUUGAGGUUUAGGCAUGGGAUCUGUUCCAACAGUUGCUUUCAAGAACAACACUACAAGGAUUAGUCAGAUGAAUUUAGGUUCUUCAAAUGAUGCUGGCACAUCAUCUACUUGUGGUCCAAAUGUGCAAGAAGAGUUGGAUACCGUUAAAGCGCAAUUGCAAGCACUAGUCUUCUAUAUUGCUUCUAAGGAAGGAGGAAUUGGAUCAAGAGAGUGAAAUUUCAUCACCAAAAGAGUUAGAAAGUAGGUCUUCUGGAGCAAGCAACAAGGAAGCAUGACCUUGCAUAAUAAAGAUUUUAUGUAUUAAGGAUUACAUGCAUGUUAAGACGAAUUAUUGAAAAUCUUACUGUGAUACUUAAUUUUUGGAUUAUGACUUUUCAAUUAUGACUUGGAUUAUGAUUUUUGGAUCAUGUAUGAAUUAAAAAUCAUCUUAUGAUGUUUGAUUUA